AUGACCAAUAUUUUUUCGUCAGAGGAAGAAGAGGAUGUGUUUGGGAUAAAUUCUGCGAAUAUUGAAAAGAGUGGAUUUGUGCCGGAGAGUGGUGUGAAAGUCGUGAAACAAAAAGUUGAUAAGAAGAAAGACGCGACGGGGAUUUUGGACAUCUUUGGGUUUGACAUCGCAACGAGUCAAAAAGAGGAGAAAAGGGAUUUGGAAGAGUUUGAAGAAAAUAUGGAGACGUCCCAAGUUCAAGAGAAAACCAAGAAACCAAUACCAAAAGAAGUUUGCGGAAGCGAAGACAUCAAGAAGAACAAAAUUAUGAUGGACGACGAUUUGUAUGGCGAGUGUUACCCUGUUAUAGGAGGAAGUGUAUUUGCUGAUGUGGACAAAAACGGGAAGAUCACUGGACAACACAUUCGGACUGAUUUUGAGGACAAACAGGAAGAAAAGAAGAAGAGGAGUCGGAGGAGAAGGAAUAAAGAACGCAAUCUUUUUAAAGAGUACGAUGAUGAGUAA